UAUAUAAGGCAUAUACAUUGUAGAGGAAGAUUAUUCUACAAAGCCAUGGAGGGAGUGCUGUGUAGGAAUGAUGAGCAGGCGCUAGUGUCGUCUUUUCUCGAGAUCGCCAUCGGCCAAACACCGGAGACGGCCAAACAGUUUUUGCAGGCAACAGAGUGGAGGCCGGAGGAAGCUAUCAAUCUGUUCUUUUCUGCGAAUCAAUCAAACGGAAAUCAAAUUACUGCAUCGAAGAAUGUUGUGAACGACCCUAAUCAAGGUCAAUUAGAAGGUUGGGAAGAUGAUCAGUCAGUACGUCCUCCCCUGCCAGUGGUGAGGCAGACUCUUUACGAUGAUUCUAUGUCGAAUACAUCAUCAUCCGGUGAUGCAUUGGGAGGUGGUAGUGUUUGGGAAAGUGAUAAUUUGGCUUCUUUGUUUCGUCCACCUUCCGAUUUGAUGUUUCAAGGAUCUUUCGAGAAGGCGAAAGAAUUUGCUUCUAUGGAGGACAAAUGGCUGCUGGUGAACUUGCAAUCGAUGACAGAGUUCAGCUCACAUAUGCUUAAUCGGGAUGUGUGGGCGAACGAAACAGUUUCACAAACCAUCAAAGCCAAUUUUAUCUUCUGGCAGGUAUACGAUGAUGCAAUUGAAGGAAAGAAGGUUCGCACGUACUACCGAUUGGAUUCUGCUCCUAUUGUGCUCUUCAUUGACCCAAUCACUGGACAGAAAAUCCAUUGUUUGUCUGGGAUGGUGCAGCCGGAAACUUUGUUGGAGAAUCUGCAACCACUCAUGGAAGGUGGUCCGAGGAGUACUCAUAUCAUAAAAUCAAAUAGUGUCAAAGUUUCAAAUGAUGAGACUACGUUAGAUUCAAAUAAUGCCGAUGAAGGUUCAACAAAUAGGCCUGCCGAUCCAUCUUUGACUGAAGAACCUACAAAUAGCCCUGUCUAUCCACCUUUAUCUGAAGAACCGAAGGGUGAUAGGAAUCGUAUAUGCAGGGUCGGAGUUCGUCUUCCGGAUGGACGUAGAGUUCAGAGAAAUUUCUUGUGCUCGGAUCCCAUACAAUUUCUUUGGUCAUUCUGCAACACUCAAUUGGGCGAAGCUAAGACAAGGCAUUUUCAACUGAAACCGGCGAUGCCAAUUGGUGCUAAACGUUUAGAUUAUGGGUCUAAAUUAAGUUUUAGAGAAUCAGGCAUUGCCAAUUCUCUGGUUAUGGUAGUUAUUGAUGAAGCAUGAAGCUAUAGUUAAUGUUAAUGUACUUCUAUUGUUAGUUUUGGGAGUCAAUGUUGAGUAGGA